UUUUUGGACGGCUCUUUUCCUACAUCAAGUUCAAUCUUUCCACACACAUUCCUUCACCACCUUAUCUCUCUCUCUCUCCUAGAAAUCUCCCUCUCUCUCUCUCGCUCGCUCGCUCGCCAUAAUCCAUCAUCUCUCUCUCUCUCUCUCUCUCUCUCUCUCUCUCUCUCCUAGAAAUCUCCCUCUCUCUCUCUCUCUCGCUCGCUCGCUCGCCAUAAUCCAUCAUCACUCAACCUAUCUCUCUCUCUCUCUCUCCUAUAAAUCUCCCUCUCUCUCUCUCUCUCGCUCGCCAUAAUCCAUCAUCACUCAACCUACCUUUUCUUGUUAUACCUUCACUAUCUCAAUAACAAGAAAACUAGGUUUAGUAGCAAUGGAAAGCUAUACGCGUUAUCCGCACGCGCCGAGGGCGGCCGCGGUGGCGAUGGCGCUGGUGUCGGCGAUCGUGCUCUCGCCGCUUUACGUGGAUAGCCGCCUUGAGUCGCGGUGGAGCUCGAGCGGCUUGGUGCUGCCGGCGGUGGUGGUGGGGCUGAUCGUCGCCAUCAAGUCCACCGCUUCUUCCUCUUCUUCGUUGAAAAGAGGCGGUGGACUGGAAUCUGGAGAUUCCGACUCCAUUUUUGGAAUCGGGGGCUCCAGUUUAGGGCUAGCUGGGGUCUUGAUCUUGCUCCUUUUUGUGCUUACGUGGCAGCAAUCUGUGCAACAGUUUUUGUGGAGAUGAAAAUUUUAAGUAGUUUGGUGGUUGCGAUUUGUGGUGGGUGUAAUAAUAUGUUUAUUGAUCUAAGGAAUUGUGGUCUAUACUCUACAUCUAAAUGUUUUGGUUAAAUUUUAACCAUGACUAAUAACAUAUAAUUAAGAAUUGAUUGAUGAUCUCUAAUCGAGGUUAAUAAGGAUAAUUCGAAUGCACUCCCUCUUUCCGCACCCUCUUUCAGCGAUUAGAACUUUUAGAACUUUUUUUUUUUAAUUUUAGCCUGUCAGCAAAUAAGAAUCCUAAUUCAUUUUACUAUAAAUGGUAAUAGAGCGACACAUUUCCCUAAUUAUUUUCACCCAUAUUUCAUUUAAAAUUAAUAUGUAAACUCAUAUUUCAUUUAAAACUAAUAUAUACUAGUGUCACUCAUAUUUCACUAACUUUUUUUACCUAAUUUUCUUAAUAUUUCACUAACUUUUUUUAUCUAAUUUUCUUAAUAUUUCUUAAAACUUGUAUGGAAAAGAAAGGUGAUGAAAAUAGUAUACUAUUACAAUGUGAAAGUAGCCGGAUAAAAAAUAUAAAUGAGAAAUUAUUAUUAAUAGUUUUGAAUUACAAAAGUACUCCUAAAAGAGGCUUCAUGUAUCAAAAUAAGCCCAGUAUAUUAGGCCUUCCACUUAGUCCAGAUUUUAAAUGGGCCGAAAAUGGACCCGCAUCAAAUUACACUUGAAACCCAAAAAUAAGCAUAUACUCCUACAUUUAUUCACACGCAAAUCUACAUGUAUAUGUAAAUCACUUGCAACAGAUUCUGCUAUAAUUAUUGCGGAGGCCGACGCGUUUGGCAGCAUCUCGCGGCGUCUGGAGUUCCGGUGGCAGCUCAGAUCGCCGAUUUCCGGAGAAUUUUUUGGUAUAGAUAUCACUAAGCAACGAGGUGGAAUCAGUUGGUUGCAAGCCAGUAUUUGGAAAAUGGCUGAGGGUGGAGAAGAGGAUAUGCCGAGGGAUGGAAAGAUUGUAAAGGAGUUGCUGAGAUCAAUGAGCAUUGACGAUUAUGAACCCCAAGUCGUUCACCAGUUCUUGGAGCUAUGGUAUCAGUACGUUGCAGACGUGCUGACCGAUGCUCAGAUGUAUUCAGAACAUGCUGAGAAGUCUGUGAUUGAUUCCGAUGAUAUUAAGCUUGCCAUUCAGUCUAAAGUCAAUUUUAGCUUCUCCCAGCCUCCACCACGUGAGGUGCUCUUGGAGUUGGCUCGGAGCAGAAACAAGGUCCCCUUGCCAAAAUCAAUAUCGGGGUGUGGGAUCCCUCUCCCUCCAGAUCAAGAUAUCCUUAUACACCCCAAUUAUCAACUUGCUGUGCCUAAGAGGCAAAGGGAAGAAACUGUGGAUGACGAAGAGCCUGCUGGAUCGAACCCCGGUCAGAAUCAUGAUAAGAGCGAUUUCCCACAAGACCCUUCUCAGCGUGUAUCGUUCUCGCUUGGAACUAAAGACACAAAAUGAUGAAAGGACAGUGAUUCUUUAUGAAUUAAGAUUAUUUUGGACCUUCAGAACCAUUCUUUGGAAUGUAACUGUUAUUUAUUACAAUCUGUUAUAGUCAUUGUUUUGGGCUUCUCAAUAAGGAAAUAAAAAUUGCUUGCUGUUUUGUAGUA